CAGGUGCAUAAAGGCAGCUGUAGGACUGAAAAUCAGCAUCUCCUCACAGACUGCCAGAAGAAAGAGGACUACCUCUUUGUCUUGCAGCUGCUUUUCGGCUCCACCUUUCGCUCAGAUUAAUCAGCUCGACGCCCAGAAAGCAAAGUCUUGAAGAUGAACGCAGCAGCGACAGCAGCGGCAGCAGAGGGCAGCAAGCCCGUCGCCUCCGAGCUGAACCAGAAGGAGGCCCGGCAGUUCAAGAGCAAAGCCCCCAAACCCGGACAGAGACGCUUCAACGGCGGCCUGCCCGGGACCGAGGACUUUGAGGAUAACGCAGUGGUCUGCCCCUGGGAGGACUUUGGGGAGGAGGAGCUGAACAACCUGGCUCAGUUUGGCAUCAUCUGAACCCGAUAAGGAGGAGGAGGAAGAGGAGGGGAGGGGGGCUCCAAAUGCUUCCGUUCCCAGUGAAGGAAAGAGAGAGGCUCCACCCUGAAACGUCCACUCGACCCCUUUCCGUGACGGUCGCCCCCAGGAUGCAGGAAACAUAAGAGCACGCCGAGCAAACCCGCCGAAAGUCGGUGUUUCUGGUGGUUUUUAUGCUUUCUGGAUGUUUGUGGACGCGGCCAUCACAGGACGAGGAGGCCGGCUGCACCGUCCGGUGUGGGAUUCGAACCUUUUUUUUUUAAAUAAACGUGGGCGUGAACGCAGCUCCGCUCGGCCCGUUCUCUCUCUGGCCGAGCUUCUGUUUUUCUCCACGGCCUGUAAAAAACCUGCUCCGAUCGGAAUAAAGCUGCUUGCUUUACCCUUUUUUUACUCUGGUUUCUUAUUCUUAUUCUUCGACAAAACUGAGGCUUCUGGUUAGGAGCCCACUAUGUGCAGGUUGAGAGCCCAAAAGGUCAAAGUUCACAGUAUGAAAGAAAGGAUGGAGAACAGCCCAGAAAUGUCCAGAAAAGAUGGGAAAAAAGCACUUUGAUUUUGAACUCAUUCCAAAAGCCUCGAGCAAACGAGAGCUUGAUGGGAUCCAGGGAACCUAAAAGAAUCAAACUGAGCUUGUAUUUCCUGCUCUGGAUAGAAUUUAUCACAGUUUAACAAAAAAAACUGAAAAUCUAUCAAUAAAAAAAGAAAAAUUAAUUUAAAACGAUGGAAUGAUUAUCA